GGGUAAUUAGAUGCAUCUUCAAAGGUAUAAUUAUCUAUAUAAACAAGCUACAACCUUACAUAAGCUAUUUGAGUUUUAUAUCAUUAGCCAAUAUUAGGGUAUUCUGCCUUUUGAAUUCUGGUAUUCAGACAGUAGCAUUUGAACUGCGCUUUUGUAUCAGCCACGACUUCCAAAUUUAGCUGACAGGUCUCAACGCCUCAGCUUUGAGCACAGGACACCAGCAAAUUUCGCUGCUCUCCCACACCUUUCGUGAACACACAAGCCAUACCCCCCAUUUAAAUACUCACAAUGGGCCUUGAAUCACAAAACCCAUAUUAUAGAGAGUUGAAUGAUACUCUAAGUGACCAUCCCGAUCAGAACACUCCUGCCACAGCUGAACCAUUGCUGUAUAAUCCAACGUCAAGCUCACCCAUCCUCACAGCCAAUGACACUCGGAUCGCAGUUGAAGACCAUUCUGAAACAGCAGAACCACGGCUUUGUAGAAUAUGCCAAAGUGGCGAAGACGAUAGUGACGAUGACGCUACUAUUGCCGACGAAGAAGUAGACCUGGUAUCCAGCGAACCCUACUAUAGGACGAGUCAUGAUGCACAUCAUUUAAGAAGUAAACGAGUCUACGCCAAAAAUCCUUUAAUUAAGCCGUGCAAGUGCAAAGGAAGUAUGAUGUACGUACACUUAGACUGUCUCAACCGUUGGCGAAAAGAAUCUCCCAGGGCAGCUUCGACAUAUGCCUGUGAUCUUUGCGGAUAUCAGUAUCACCUAUACCGACCCAUGUAUGCAUAUAUUAUUGGGAACAAGUGGUUUGUUGCGUUCGCAACUGCAUUGAUAGUGGCUUUCAUAGUUGCCAUUGCUUCAUUAUUGGCUUAUUUUAUCGAUACACUUGCCCUACACAACCCUGCAAGAACUGUGGCAAUCUAUUUUGCCUGCGGCAUCGCAACCACCGCCAUUAUUGGCUUUGUUGCAUUCAUAUAUCGAUGUGCAACUGAAGGAGCGGAUUCUGUGACAAUGCCCAUAUGGUGCUGCCCUGAUGGUUGUUCAUCAUUAUAUCUGGCCGAUUGCGGAGCACUUGGUGGUGGUGAUGCUGCUCUUGCUGGACUACUUUUUGUUGUGGCAUUCAUUAUAAUGACUGUGCUUCUGUUCGGUCUAAUAGGCGCCGUAGGUGGGGUCUACAUAUUCGUGGAACGGCAUGUGGAAAAUGUUGCUGGAAAGGUAAAGGAGCGCAUUUUAGACGUCGAGUGAUACACCAUUUGAUUUGUUUUAUCCGUUAACACGCCGAGAAAAUUCGUGAAAUGUAAUAUUUACAAGUUAAUAGUUCGUCAAACUCAUAAUAAAAGCAUGAGAGGCAAAU